CAUCGGUUUGCUGAAAAUACAAGAGCAAAGAGUAGCACAAGAGGAAUCUUAAUCUUACGGGUAUUACGGUAAUGUCUUGGAGCCCACGCAGAUACUUGCGACGCUGAACAUAUUCCAUGUUCGUGACACGAUGAGCGAGACAGAAAUGAAAGUCGACCCAGCCAGAGCCAAAGCUCUGAUCUCACAACUGCAGGCAGUCAAGGAGCGGAUAGCCGUCGUAGCGAAAGGCCGAUCCGUGCGACUAGUUGCUGUCUCAAAGUUGAAGCCAGCAAACGAUAUCCUUGCUCUGCACGAAGGGGAGGCUGGCCAUGUCCAUUUCGGAGAGAACUAUGCCCAGGAGUUAAUGCAGAAGGCCGGGCUACUUCCCAAGACGGUCCAAUGGCAUUUCAUCGGCGGUCUUCAGUCAGGACAUUGCAAGAACCUCGCCCGCGUCCCCAACCUCUGGUGCGUAUCCAGCAUCGACACGCUCAAGAAAGCGCAGCUGCUGGACCGCUACCGCGGCGAGCUCAUCGCCUCGGCACCGUCCACGUCCACGUCCGGGGCCCCGCCGGCGCCCCUCAACGUCCACGUGCAGGUGAACACGUCAGGCGAGGCGUCCAAGUCCGGCUGCGCCCCGGGUCCCGACGCCGUGUCCCUGUGCCGCUCCAUCGAGGAGGGCUGCCCCAACCUGCGGCUGCUGGGGCUGAUGACCAUCGGCGCGAUAGCGCGGAGCGCGGCGACGACGGCCGAGAACGAGAACGAGGACUUUGAGCUGCUGAGGGAGCAGCGGGACCUGGUGGCGCGGGAGCUGGGCGUCGGGAGGGAGCUGGAGCUCAGCAUGGGUAUGAGCGGGGAUUUCGAGGGAGCCAUCGCCAUGGGCAGCCAUGAGGUGAGGAUAGGGAGUACGAUAUUCGGUCAUCGGCCGGCCAAGGCGGAUGCGAAGCUCGUAGUGUAAAGGGUCGUCAUCCAUCGCCAUGUAUAUUUGUAAUAUGCAAUAGAACGAGACUUAAACAAGCAAAGUCUUGAUCACGGAAGUUGCUCAUUACUUAGACCUAUCGAUGCGUAUAUGUAUAGUAGACCAACGAAGAGCGAGGUAGCCCUUCAACGAUCUAUCAAACACUCACACAUUUACC